AUGGCAUUGAACGGCGGUGAAGACAUCGCUCUCCUGUGUCUGGCAUACAGGGAGACACUCGAUGAGACGUAUGAAUCGUUGAUUCGCAAACUUAGUGAGCAAUACAACUUGGUACGGUUACCAACAGCCUCAGUCGCACGCACAUAUCUGGCGAAUCAGAGCCCAGAGAGCAUCAUUGUGGCAGACGGGGGCAUAAGCGAGCCACAGAACCAAGAUAUAGCGAAAAGGCUAAAGGCCUACAUCGAGGUUGGAGGAUCGGUAAUAUUUGCACAGGAAUUUGCCAGCACUACCUUUGGUUAUGAAUUCAACAAUCUCUUUGGCCGAAAUCUUGGCACAACCUGGGAAUACGAUGGCCGUUGCAAGACCACUUGUAGAUUCAAUGGGAACUGCAUUCUCCCAACCGGACCUGUUUUUCAAUGCUCGUAUUAUAUGGAGGCACAUUUUAUCAAGAACGCUUCACCUAUUGAGCAGAUCGUUGUUCCACUGGAAGGUUCCAUGGAAUUAAGCCAGGCCGUGGUGGUUGGAAAGAAGCUGGGCGAGGGAUAUCUAAUCUAUUGCGGGAACGAGAGUGUUGAGGUGGAAUUGUGCAAGACGUUAGUGUUCAUGCAAUUAGCAAUGGCUCAUCGAAAGAUCGGAUCUACCAGUGGAUUUUUAUACUGGUAG